UGUCCCCCCGCUAUUCUUUGCUCCAGACCCAGUCUAGCCUUUAAAUUUCUGCAAGCGUGAGGGCCCACUUCGAUCAUUAGGCAAAAUGGCGACUUGUCUGCUGCGAAUUGGUACUGCAUUGCGGACGUAUUCCGAUAAAACCAGCCUGGUCAAGACACGGAAACAAUGGAGGUCCACUGCUGCGGUUCUUCAGAAGACGCUUAUCAACCAGCCUCCAACAAAAACAACCAUAUUAGACAGUGGAAUGCGUGUGGCCAGUGAAGACAGUGGCGCACCUACUGCUACCGUUGGAUUAUGGAUCGAUGCUGGAAGUAGAUGCGAAAGCGAUGAAAACAAUGGAGUGGCACAUUUUAUGGAGCACAUGGCAUUUAAGGGCACAGCAAAGCGCUCUCAAACGGACUUGGAAUUAGAGAUCGAAAAUAUGGGAGCUCAUUUAAAUGCAUACACGAGUCGGGAACAGACUGUGUUUUAUGCAAAAUGUCUGUCUCAGGAUGUUCCAAAGGCAAUAGAAAUUCUUAGCGAUAUUAUACAAAAUUCUAAAUUAGGUGAAAGCGAAAUAGAGAGAGAACGUAGCGUCAUUUUACGAGAGAUGCAAGAGGUAGAAACGAAUUUACAAGAGGUAGUUUUCGAUCAUCUACAUGCUACCGCUUAUCAAGGCACUGCAUUAGGAAGAACAAUUCUUGGACCCACCAAAAACAUUAAGAGCAUUUCCAAAAGUGACCUUGUCUCUUAUGUAAAAAAUAACUAUGGGCCACCAAGGUUCGUCCUUUCUGGAGCUGGUGGUGUUUCUCACGAGGAAUUGGUUAAGCUCGCUGAAACGCAUUUUGGCAAAAUGACGGGUCCCAAUUACGACAAGAUACCUCCCAAAUUAGUACCAUGUCGAUACACGGGUUCCGAGAUACGCGUGCGGGACGACAGUAUACCUCUAGCUCAUAUUGCCAUCGCGGUUGAAGGUGUCGGAUGGGCGGAUGCAGAUAAUAUUCCACUUAUGGUGGCCAACACGCUGGUAGGAGCUUGGGACCGAAGUCAAGGUGGAGGUGUUAAUAAUGCCAGCAACUUGGCAAAGGCUUCUGCAGAAAGUGGUCUAUGCCACAGUUAUCAGAGCUUCAAUACCUGUUAUAAGGAUACUGGACUGUGGGGCAUUUACUUUGUUUGUGAUCCGAUGCAGUGCGAAGACAUGUUAUGGAACGUUCAAAACGAAUGGAUGCGUCUAUGUUCACUAGUAACAGAAAAAGAAGUUACCCGGGCUAAAAAUAUACUUAAGACAAACAUGCUCCUCCAAUUGGACGGAACCACCGCAAUCUGUGAGGAUAUCGGCCGUCAAAUGCUUUGCUACAACCGCCGUAUUCCUUUGCACGAACUCGAGGCUAGGAUAGAGAGCGUGACGGCGAAACACAUUCGAGAAGUCGGUAUGAAGUACAUUUACGACCGAUGUCCUGUCAUAGCAGCAGUUGGCCCCGUCGAGAACUUACCCGACUACAAUUGCAUCCGUAGUAGCAUGUACUGGAUUAGAAUAUAAUCGUCCUCAUCGUGUACAAUUUGUCGAUGUGUAUUUUUUAGUCGAGAAAGAAAAGGAGAGAGACGGUUGUGUCACGAUAAAACGUCGACUAUACCGGAGAUAGAAAUACACCACUAUGUGCAGAUCUUGUGGCGUGUACUAAAGUGCCACUUAUGUGCAUUCUCCUUAAGUCUCAUUGUUUUAUCAUCACAUAAUAUUCCACACAGUCCAGUAUGUACUUUACAUCCAAUCAUUAAAAGGAUCGCAUAAAAGAGUCGUCUCUAACAUCCACCGUUCCCUUCUGUUCUCUUUGUAUAGUGACAACGAUAUUGAGCGUUGUCAGAACGUAUCAACAUUUAUGCUAAUAUUUAUAAGCGCUUAACAAUGUCCGAAGUGAUUGUAUCAUGACGUGUCAUUGUAAAGAAUCACCUGGUGAAAUAAAAGUACCCGUGUCAAGGGUUUCAUUAA